UUGGCUUCAAUCCCCGCGUAUUUAAGAAAGAAGAAACGAACACGUUAAGCAAAACCUGCUAAAAUGCACGGGGGGGAUGAUUCACACUCGUCGCCGUCUCCCGCUGAUCGGAGGAUCAGCGCUCUCGUCCGCCACCUGCAAGGAUCGCCGCUCGACGCCGCUGAUCCCUGCCUCGCCGCCGCUCCGACUGCCGCUGCUCGGAUCUCCGUCUUCGAUCAUGUUGUUCGGGCGCCAGAAGACCCCAUUCUCGGCGUGACUGUUGCUUACAACAAAGAUCCAAGCCCGGUUAAGUUGAAUUUGGGAGUUGGGGCAUAUAGGACAGAGGAAGGAAAACCUCUUGUUUUAAAUGUUGUGAGAAAAGCAGAGCAAAUGCUAGUGAAUGACAGAUCUCGAGUGAAGGAGUAUCUUCCAAUUGUUGGAUUGGCAGACUUCAAUAAAUUGAGUGCUAAGCUCAUACUUGGUGCUGACAGUCCUGCGAUCCAAGACAACAGGGUUACUACUGUUCAGUGUUUGUCUGGUACAGGCUCACUGAGGGUAGGAGCUGAAUUUUUGUCUAGGCAUUAUCAUCAACAUACUAUAUAUAUCCCCCAGCCUACAUGGGGAAACCACGUGAAAAUAUUUGGUUUAGCUGGGUUAGCAGUAAAGACAUACCGCUACUAUGAUCCAGCUACUCGUGGACUCAAUUUCAAAGGCUUGUUGGAAGAUCUUGGGUCUGCUCCUUCUGGAGCAAUUGUGCUUCUCCAUGCGUGUGCUCAUAACCCAACUGGGGUUGACCCUACUGCUCAAGAGUGGGAGCAGAUAAGACAGUUAAUAAGAUCGAAGGCAUUGUUACCCUUCUUUGAUAGCGCCUAUCAGGGUUUUGCUAGUGGAAACCUGGAUGCAGAUGCACAGUCAAUCCGGAUGUUUGUAAGAGAUGGGGGAGAAUGUCUUGUGGCUCAAAGUUACGCCAAAAACAUGGGGCUGUAUGGGGAGCGUGUUGGUGCCUUGAGCAUGGUGUGCAGGUCUGCUGAUGUGGCAAGCAGGGUGGAGAGCCAGUUGAAAUUAGUUAUUAGGCCCAUGUAUUCAAACCCUCCGAUUCAUGGAGCAUCAAUUGUGGCAAAAAUCCUCAAGGACAGAGCUAUGUUCCAAGAAUGGGAAGUUGAACUGAAGGCCAUGGCUGACCGUAUUAUCAACAUGCGCAAGCAACUGUUUGAUGCAUUACGUAGUAGAGGUACACCGGGUGAUUGGAGUCACAUUAUCAAGCAGAUCGGGAUGUUCACUUUCACCGGACUCAACUCAGCGCAAGUAGCCUUCAUGACCAAAGAAUACCACAUCUACCUAACAUCUGAUGGUCGAAUAAGCAUGGCUGGUCUGAGUUCAAGGACAGUACCACACCUCGCAGAUGCAAUACAUGCUGCUGUAACAAAAGCAGCUUGAUCUUCGGUGGCCGGAUAUUUGAUUGUAUCCCAACUUAUUUCCUCUCAUUUCAACGGUGAUGUAAACAAUAAAAUCCAUGGAUAGUAACUUCCUUUGCCGUAAGUUCGUGUACUAUCUUGUUGUGUCAAGAUCAUAUAUAUUUUUCAUUUAUCUAUUAGAAACGUGUCAUCUAUUUUAUUGCAA